AUGUCAAGAAAUGAGGCAGACAGCCAGGCUGCCUUUUCUGUCGUGACUUUGGAGAGAGACCGGCAACUGGGCAGCUUAACUGUCUUUAAUAAGGAGGAUUUUGAAGAAGAUUGGAUUAAAGUGGCCAGCAGAGGCUUUGGGCAUGACCAAGUCAAGCAUAAGAGGUGGAGAACAGUUUAUGUGGUGAAAUGCUCUCUGUACCUGCUGCAGGACUCCAGCACGGAGAGAGACUCUUCUGCUGAAGGUUAUUUCUCAAAUAAGAGAAAGAUCUCAGACUUCGGGCUAUCAAAAUGGAUGGAGCACUCUAGCCGAAUGCAAUAUAUUGAAAGCUCUGCUUUGAGAGGCACUUUGAGCUACGUCCCUCCAGAAAUGUUCUUCCAGAACAGCAAGCCCCCAGGAACCAAGUAUGAUGUGUACAGCUUUGGAAUUGUCAUUUGGGAGGUACUUAUGCAGAAGAAACCUUAUGCAGGAGCCAACAUGAUGGCCAUUAUAGUCAAGGUUGCAGCAGGAAAGAGGCCCCACAUGGAACCCAUCAGUGAUGACUGGCCAGGGGAAUGCCAGCAGAUGGUUGACUUGAUGAAGAGGUGUUGGGAUCAAGACCCUAAGCAAAGGCCAAGCUUUAGAGAUAUCCCUGUGGAAACAGACAUGCUGCUGUCACUGAUACAAAGCCUUGUAGCAGAUCCAGAGAAUGAGCACCUUGUUAGGAAGACGUCCCACAAGCCUGCCAUCUCUGGGAACCAGCAGAGUGACAAAGAAGAGUUCACCUUCCUCCGAGACAGCAGAAGUGGUGAAACUGAUAAUCAGGAGGUUCGUAUCCCAUCUUCUUACAAUGAGGUUGAAAGUCCGGAGGAUAUCCUGUCUGAGGAAAUCUGUAGAGUCCAUGAGAAUGGCCUCACAUCACUUCACCUCAUGGUGAUCCAGAAAAAUGUGGACAAGGUGAAGUUUCUGCUGAGCUGUAAAGCCAACGUGAACAGCCAGGUAGUCUGUGGCUACACCCCACUUACUAUGGCUGUUCCGAAGAGGUCGCCGGAGAUCUGCUCAGUUCUGAUAGAGCAUGAUGCAGACAUCAAUAUGCCUGAUGAUGAUGGUUGGACACCUCUUCACUUUGCUGCUCAGAAUGGGGACGACAGAAUUGUACGCCUCUUGGUGGACCACCAGGCACAGGUAAAUGCUCAAGAGCGUGACGGGUGGACCCCUCUGCACUUGGCAUCACAGAACAACUUUGAGAAUGUGGCCCGAGUACUGCUAUCUCGCCAGGCUGACUCCAACACCCAGGAGGUUGAUGGGAAAACUGCCCUCCAUGUGGCAGCUUGCUUUGGACACGUCAGCUUGGUGAAACUGCUUGCCAGUCAAGGAGCGGACCUGGAGAAAAAGCAGAAGAACCAUAGAACCCCACUUCAUGUUGCUGUGGAGAGGGGGAAGUUCAGGGUAGUCCACUAUUUGCUGAAGAACGGGACCUCUGUUGACAGCCUGGAUCAAAAUCAUUACAGUGCCCUGCACCUGGCUGUGGUGAGAGGGAAGUAUCUCAUCUGUGAGAAACUCAUUAAAUACGGAGCCAAUGUGGAGCUGAGGACAGACAAAGGUUGGACUCCCCUGCACCUGGCUUCAUUCAAAGGACACAUUGAAAUCAUCCACCUGCUAAAAGACAGCCGUGCCAAACUGAAUGCCAAAGGAAGCAUGGACUGGACACCACUUCACUUGGCCACUCGCUACAGCGAUGAGCCAGUAGUCUGUGAGCUAUUGAGAUGUGGGGCAGAUCCCAACAUCGCUGAGAAGUCAGAGUGGGCCCCUCUCCAUUUUGCAGUCCAGCGGGGCUCCGUUUUGGCUGUCAUCAAUCUUCUGGAGUGCAAGGCAGAUGUCAAUGCUAAGAACAAAGUGGGUUGGACACCCUUGCACCUUGCUGUCCUCAAGGGCAAUAUGGCCAUUAUAAAGACCUUGAUUAGGGCUGGUGCUCUGCUUGACGUGGAAGAUAUCACUGGCUGUACAGCCCUCCAGUUGGCAAUUAGACAUCAGAGAGAAAACAUCAUUACGCUGCUUCAAGGCAAGGACUUGCUGAAGAAUAAAUCAGGGAAUAGGACUCUGGUGAAUGAUGCUAAGAUUUCAAGACCCAAAUUAGUUCCAGGAAGGACCGAUUUGUAG